AUGCAUCACCCAUCUAUUUUCUCUAAUCAACAGUGGGAGUACUUUGUAGGUGGGUUUGAGUUACUUACUCGUCUUUCAAUGGAUGUUAUAUAUUGUGUAAUAGCCCUUAGUGUGGCAUUGACAAGAAAUGAGAAACCAUCUGACACUUUAGAGAACACUAAAAAAUUAUGCAAACCUCCACAAAUAUUAGUAGUAGCUAUUGGUCGUCAUAGAAAAGCAAAGCCAAUUAGUCUAGUUUCUGAAUUCACAAGGGAUGUAGAAAAAAGCUUGUUGCUAUGGAAUCUUCUUAAUCAGCUCAUUCCACUUGUGCAGAGACUCCCUGCAAAUCAGAAUCAAAGAUCAAAUUUAGAGUUACCUUUUGAGAGUGGGUUGAAGAAUAAGCGAAUGAAGCAAUGGCGGCUGAAUAAGCGUUGUCCAACGGCUGAAGAAGCAGCGCCGUAG